AUGACAGAAUCUGGAGUGAAUCCUAAAGCGUAUCCAUUGGCCGACACUGCAUUGUCGCAAAAAUUAUUGGACAUCGUGCAACAAGCUUAUAAUUAUAAACAGUUGAGGAAAGGAGCCAAUGAAGCGACAAAAACAUUAAAUCGUGGACUAUCUGAGUUGAUUAUUAUGGCUGCUGAUACGGAACCGUUGGAAAUUAUUCUUCAUCUUCCUUUGCUUUGCGAAGAUAAAAAUGUUCCGUACGUAUUCGUCCGUAGCAAGGCAAAUUUUCUUAUCUUUUCAUUUUUUCUCAAUUUUGCAGCUCUUGGUAGAGCUUGUGGCGUUACGAGGCCAGUUAUUGCUGCUUCAAUAACUCAGAAUGAAGGAUCUCAACUUAAAAGUCAGAUUGCUAAGAUUAAAGAAGAUGUGGAAAAGCUGUUGAUCUAA